AUGGUUGCAGGGAUUAUUCCCCUCGAUCAUCUUGCGCCCCGACUGGCGGAGGUGUAUGCGACCCUUAGGGACGCGGAGGAUCUAGUCCCUCCGGGUAUUAAGGUGGCGCUGGGCGCUUUUGCUAGAAUCGGGGCGAUUGCCGCAUGGAAGGAAGAGGAAUUAGGUCUAAUAGGGAUAAUUGGAGAAACGGGUGCGCGGGUAAGGGCAGCUAUUGCCGAUAGGUUGGAUGAGUGGGUUGAGAGGCCGUACUAUAUAGGUACGACCUUUUACACCACUCAGCUGAUGACCGGACAUAGCUGUUUCCCUGCGUACCUACAAAGGAUUGGAAAGGUGACAUCUCCGCAGUGCUUUCACUGCGGAGCAAACGUGGACGAUGCGGACCACACCCUGAUCGACUGCCCUGCGUGGACGAAUGAACGGGACGAUCUUGUCAGGGACUUGGGUKGGAAAGCUACGCGAAUACCGGCCAAGCUUAUUAAGGGAGAGGCAUACAGGCAAUUUGUAUUGCACUAA